AUGGUCGCACAGGCUGUGGCAGAGCGCUUCAAGGCCGGUGGCCCCGCUGCCAAGCCAGGUUCGCUCCUCAAGGUUGUCGGAAGGCGACAAAGACAGCUGCUGGCCAUGCAAGAGGCCUCUCAGCUGGCAGAGUCACAGCGGCAGGAAGAGGAGACUCGCCGACGGCAAGCUCGUGUUGCGGCCCUGCCGCCAGAACCAGCAGCAGACGAGCUCGGAGCUCAUGUUCUUCGGGUCUUAGCAGCGGCAGUUGCAGACUCCGAGCUGCAAGCCCUUCGAGGUGAAGUCGAGAAAAUGCAGGCUUCUCAUCUGGCAGAAAUGGAGGAGCUGCGAAGCGAGACUAGGAAAGAAGCCAGGGAGUUGGCAGAGAAGCAUCAAGGACAAAUGCAGAGCAUCCGAGAGGAGCUGGAAAAGAAUCAGGCUGAAUUGCGGUUGAUCACGGAACAGACGGCAGCCCUCCGAUCAGACUUUACCGCCUUGCACAAAGAGCUGGCGCACGCUAAGGUGAAACUCAAGACAACGCGUUCCGAGGCCAAGCGCCGGAAGAAGGAGGAGGAGCAGGAGAAACUCCGGAAAGAGGAGAAAAGGAAGAAGCAGGAAGCGAAGGAGAAACUCCACAAAGAAGAGAAAAGGAAGGAGGAGAAAGAGAAAAAAAGAAAGAGGAUCACCGAGAUCGUGACGAAGCUGGAAGGGUCCUCAUCAUCCGCGGAAGCUUUGAUGCCCCCGUCCAAGGCCCCGAAGUUGGCACAGCGUCUUCUCUCGUGGCUCUGGCCCGCCAGUUCCGGCGUCGCGGAUGGCUCACUGGGAAACGGCAACAAGGACGACGCAGCGAGGAAAGAAGAGGCAUCACCGAUCCUCCACUGGCUGCUGAUCGGCGGCAAGUUCGCGGCGACUGCGCCGGAGCUGCGGAGGAUCUGA